UAAACCGCAGGUGUCAUUAUUUUGAAAUCUUGUCUCUGUAUUGAACUCGCUCUUCUUGAACUUAAGAGACUUCUAAUAAUACAAAGCCUUUCCUCAUGACUGAAGAGGAGUCGGCUGAAAAGCCAAAGCCGGAUAAAUGGGCAAAGAUGGCCUCUUACCCCAUUCCGCUGGACCACUUAUCCUCAAUGGUGGACUCAGUUCUCGUUCCUCUUCUUUCGAGCUCCUCCAAUCACGUCAAAUGGCCGCAAGUGGUUGCCUCAGAUAUUAAGAGACAUGUUGGUGAUUUGAAGAGUGAUGUAUAUGUAUUGUCAGGUCUCGUGAAAGGAAAGACCCUCUUACCUCUACCGCCUCAAGUUGAUGCGGUCCUGGAAGCAGCUGAACUACAGUUACAGGGUAAACCAUUUGAGAAGAACCUGAUUCAUACAGUAGAGACAGCAAUCAUUGAUUGGUCCCAUCAGAUACGAAGUGUUUUAGUUAAAAGCUCAGCUCAGCCUCUCCUUCAAGGACUUGACCCAGGACCACUGGUUGAGAUUGAGUACUGGAAACAUCAGGUCAUUGACCUGGAGAGCAUUGUAGAGCAGAUGUAUGAGGAUAAAGCACAGAAGAUGACCUGGCUAUUGGAAAGGACCAAGAGCAGCUAUUUCAUUGCAUUACAGAACAUGACUGCUGAUGUCACUACAGCUCUCAAUGAAGCUCAGGAUAUUUAUAUUCACUUAAAGCCACUUAGGCCACACUUUGAGGAUUUAGAAGAGUGUGACUAUCUAGAGAUUCCACAGAAGCUGGGACCAAUGUUCCACUGUGUGUGCCUUGUAUGGUGUAACUGCAGUCAUUAUCAGCAACCAGCAAGACUAGUGGUACUAUUACAAGAAAUAUCAAACCUAAUGAUUAAUGUGACCGUUACAUAUAUUACUGAUGAGAUAUUGAAGACAGAAGCAGAGGAAGGGAUAGAGAAGAUACAGGGAGCUCUUAGUGUCUGCAAGAAUUAUGUUGAUGUCUAUUACAGCCACAAGUCAAGAUUGAAGGAUUACUUUAAGGAAAAGCCAGUCAUUGAGUGGGACUUCCAAUCUACUGUGGUCUUUGGACGAUUUGAACAGUUCAGAGAAAGACUGAAAAUUAUUCACGAAUAUUUUUGUUUGGUUUUGGAGUUUUUAAAGUUAGAAAAGAUUGAGUUUGGAGGCCUGCAAGGGAAAUGUUUGAGCGAUGAAGUAAUCAACAUGUUCAACGAGUUUCAAGAACUGAUGACACAGCUAUCUAACAAGACAUACAACCUUCUCAUCAACUGCAAAGAGUUUCAUGACGACUUUAAAAUGUUCUUUGAUAAAGUGUCACUAAUGGAGCAGAGACUGGGCACUAUUGUAUGCCGAGCCUUUGAAGACUGUGGCAACUGUGAAGCAGUAUUCAAGUUGAUUGAUAUGCUGGGGACCCUACUGGACCGACCCAUUAUUCAUAAAACAUUUGAGCCCAAGUACAAGAUACUCAUUGAUAUGUGCAGUAAAGAGCUGGACACAGUUAAAGUCCUCUACGACCAGCAGUUGGCUAGCAUGAAGAGUCCAACGGGUCCCAUUGUUAAUAAGAACAUGCCUAAGGUAUCAGGAUCACUCCGCUGGAGUCAGCAGCUUCAUGAUAGGAUUGAACUCACCAUGGGGAAACUACAAACACUGAGUUGCAUUUCAAGGGACAGUCCUGAUACUAAGGAUGUAUUCAGUAAGUAUGAUGAAAUGAUGAAUUAUAUCAGCAGUUUUGAAGCUGAUGUCUUCACAAGGUGGGCCAGUGACAUUGAGACAAUAGCUAAGACUAACCUUGAGAAGCCACUGCUAGUCUGGGAGACAAAGGAUGGGAAGGAGGUGUUGAAAGUGAACUUUGACCCUGAACUGGUAGCUUUAUUGAGGGAAGUGAGGUAUCUGAAGCAGCGUGAUGCCCCACCAGAUCAGGUCAUACCAGACAGUGCACUAGCAGUGUACUCCAAUGAAGACACUUAUAGGAAGUUCCUACAGAACCUUGAUGUGGUUGUCACACUAUACAAUAAGUUGAAGGCUACUGUGCUAGGGGUUGAGGCCCCAUUGAUUGAUAGGCAGAUGACUGCCAUUGAUACUGAACUGAACAAAGCCAUUGAAGACAUUAACUGGACAACUGAAGGUGUAUGGGGGUAUAUACAGGGUACUAGGGAUAUGGUACGGGAUUUAGAGAAGAGGGUCAAACUGGCCAAGUGUAAUGUUGACACUAUUAACAGUAUAUUAGCUAAAAUCUGCCAGAAACCACUCUAUCAGAGAAAGGAUGACAAGAAAGACUGUCUACUAAACCUUGAGGAUCGUGAGAACAUUCGUAAGGUAUACUACGACACAGUGAGCACAGAAGGACAGGCCAUACACAAACUAGUGAUGGAGAACAGACAACACUUUCAAGCAGAAGAGGACUCAGACAUAUGGAAGAAUUACCUCAACUAUAUUGAUGAAAUAACACUAAAAGGACUCUUCAACUGCGUCCAUACAUCACUCCAAUACAUACUCCAGAACAUUGACAAGGAGAAACCUGACCUGCCUCCUCUCCUUGAAAUAAAACUAGAGCUACAGGCUCCUGAAGUGAUAUUCCAACCAUCACUUGAGCCUGAUGCCCCUACAGGAUUCUGCCAUCUUGUUGAGGAGCUACUAGAAGACAUGUUCAACGUUGCUUCAUUGGUACCGCGAGUUGCUUCACAUAAAGACCAUUCCAAUUACUUACCUGAUGUAGAGGAGAUGUCAGAGCUAUUAGACAUGAGGGAAGAGAUUGUGUCACGAGUUGGAGCUGCUAUUGAUAAAGCAGUUGAGUAUCGUAACUCGUUUGAUUCAUAUGCUUACCUGUGGGUUGAUGACAGAGUAGAGUUCAUGAAGCAGUUCCUAUUGUACGGUCAUGUAUUGACUGCUGAUGAGAUAGAGCUAGCUGGUGAAGAGGGAGUACCUGAAUCACCUCCAACACUAGCUCAGUUUAAGGACCAGGUUGAUGGAUAUGAGCAAAUUUAUACUGAACUGUCUCAACUCAAUGGUUGUGUGGUGUUUGAUAAAUGGUACAGAGUUGAUAUUAGACCAUUCAAGAUGGCACUGCUCAAUAUAGUAAAGAAAUGGAGCUACAUGUUCAAGCAGCAUCUUGUGGAUCAUGUUACUAACAGUCUCUCUGACCUAGAGCAGUUCAUCAAAGUUGCAGUUAGUGGUUUGGGUGUUGAGAUAGAGGAGGGUAAUUACACCAAACUAGUUGAAGUGAUGGGUCACCUAAUGGCAGUGAAGGACAGACUCCAGAGCACUGAUAAUCUCUUUGAGCCGCUCAAGCAAACCAUUGAACUACUCAAGACUUAUGGACAGGACAUGUCUGAAGAAAUAUAUCACCAAUUACAAGAACUCCCCGAGCAGUGGAAUAAUGUUAAAAAGCUGUCAGCAGUCAUGAAACAAACAGUAGCUCCACUGCAGGCCAAUGAAGUCAACAUUAUAAGAAGGAAACUAGCAUCAUUUGAUGUUAAGCAGCACGAGUUUAGAGAGAAGUUCAGAAGUACUGCUCCUUUUUCAUUCACUUCAGAUUCAGUUUACCAAAGGAUUGACAUGGCUAAUAUUGAAGUCCUCAGUAUGGAGUCCAGUAUGAAGGCGCUAUAUGAGUCAGCUGGUCUAUUUGAAGUCAGUGUGCCUGAAUUUAAACAACUCAAAGCUUGUAGACGUGACAUUGUAAUGCUUAAGAGCCUGUGGGACACUAUAGUCCUAGUACAGAGCAGCUUUAAUGACUGGAACGGGACACUCUGGAAGGAUAUCAAUGUGGAGCAGAUGGAUAUGGACUGUAAGAAGUUUGUGAAGGACAUACGUACACUGGACAAGGAAAUGAGAGCAUGGGAUGCUUUCACUGGUUUGGAUUCAACUGUUAAGAAUAUGGUCACAUCACUAAGAGCUGUUGGUGAACUACAGAACUCUGCCAUCAGAGACAGACACUGGCUUCAAUUAAUGCAAGCAACACAAGUUAAAUUUGUCAUGUCUGAUACUACUAACCUCGCUGAUCUUUUAGCACUAAACCUUCACAACUUUGAAGACGAGGUUCGUAAUAUUGUUGAUAAAGCUACUAAAGAGUUGAGUAUGGAGAAGACACUAAAGGAAUUAGACAAGACAUGGAGUGAGAUGGAGUUUGAGUCUGAGGAUCAUGCAAGAACUGGUCUCAAACUAUUGAAAGCAACCGAAGAACUCAUUGAAACGCUAGAAGACAACCAGGUCCAGCUCCAGAAUAUGAUGACCUCAAAGUUUGUCGGUUAUUUCUCUGAGAGCGUCUCCGACUGGCAGAAGAAGCUCUCCAAUGCCGACUCAGUCAUUACUAUAUGGAUGGAAGUACAGAGGACCUGGUCUCAUCUGGAGAGUAUAUUCAUUGGGUCUGAAGAUAUUAGAGCACAGUUACCGGAACACUCAAAGACAUUUGACACCAUUGAUAGCGACUUCAAGAGGUCAUUAGAGGAAGUAGCUCUGACUCCUAAUGUAGUAAAAGCUACCAAUAGACCAGGUCUGUAUGAUGAACUGGAAGAUAUCCAGAAAAGACUCUCUGUGUGUGAGAAGGCUCUUGCUGAAUAUCUUGAGACCAAGCGUCUUGCCUUCCCUCGGUUCUAUUUCAUCUCAUCAGCCGAUCUCCUUGACAUAUUGUCCAAAGGAAACCAACCAACACAAGUUGCUCAUCAUUUAUCAAAGUUGUUUGACAGCAUGGCAAAGCUCAAGUUUAAAACAGACGCCUCAGGAGUUGAGUCACCAGACGUUACUGUUGGAAUGUACAGCAAAGAUGGAGAAUAUGUUGACUUUGAUGAGCCCUGUGUCCUCUCCGGUCAAGUUGAGCUCUGGCUCAAUAAACUAUUGGAUAGGAUGCAAGCUACAGUGAGGCAUGAGUUCUCAGAGUCUGUGGUAGCUUAUGAAGACAAGCCAAGAGAGCAAUGGCUGUUUGAAUUCCCUGCUCAAGUAGCUUUAGCAGGAACACAGAUAUGGUGGACGACUGAAGUGAAUAUAUCCUUUGCAAGGCUAGAGGAAGGAUAUGAGAAUGCUUUGAAGGAUUAUUAUAAGAAGCAAGUCUCACAGUUGAAUACGCUCAUUAACCUCCUCCUGGGUGAUCUAAGUAAAGGAGACAGACAAAAGAUAAUGACCAUAUGUACUAUUGAUGUGCACGCUCGUGAUGUUGUUGCUAAAUUGAUAUCUCAGAAGAUUGAGAGCUCUCAGGCCUUCCUUUGGUUGAGUCAGUUGCGUCAUCGCUGGGAUGAGAACCUGAGGCAUUGCUUUGCUAAUAUCUGUGACGCACAGUUCCAGUAUACUUAUGAAUAUCUGGGGAACACUCCUAGACUAGUUAUAACACCCCUCACUGACAGGUGUUACAUUACCCUCACUCAGUCCCUCCAUUUAACAAUGAGUGGUGCUCCUGCUGGUCCUGCUGGCACUGGUAAGACUGAGACUACCAAAGACUUAGGAAGAGCACUGGGUAUGAUGGUAUAUGUAUUCAACUGCUCUGAACAAAUGGACUAUAAGUCUUGUGGUAAUAUAUACAAGGGAUUGGCCCAGACUGGUGCCUGGGGUUGUUUUGAUGAGUUCAACCGUAUCUCAGUUGAAGUCCUCUCAGUGGUAGCUGUACAAGUGAAGAGUAUUCAGGACGCCAUUAAGAUGAAGAAGGAGAGGUUCUUCUUUGAUGAUGUGGAGAUUAAGAUAACACCAACAGUUGGUUUAUUCAUUACAAUGAACCCGGGAUAUGCUGGUAGGACUGAACUACCUGAAAACCUCAAAGCACUCUUCAGGCCUUGUGCUAUGGUGGUUCCUGACUUUGAGCUGAUUGCUGAGAUAAUGUUGGUGGCUGAGGGUUUCAUUGAUGCACGUAUACUAGCAAGGAAGUUCCUUACUCUAUACACUCUGUGUAAGGAGCUGCUGUCUAAACAGGAUCAUUAUGACUGGGGACUGAGGGCCAUUAAAUCAGUACUGGUGGUAGCUGGGUCUCUUAAGAGAGGAGAUAGAGGAAGACCUGAAGACCAGGUAUUAAUGAGGGCAUUAAGAGAUUUCAACACUCCAAAGAUAGUGACAGAUGAUGUUCCAAUAUUCAUGGGAUUAAUUGGGGAUCUGUUUCCAGCACUGGAUGUACCCAGAAAGAGAGACAUGGACUUUGAAGCAUGUGUCAAGCAAAGUGUACUAGAUCUUGGUCUUCAAGCUGAGGAUGGGUUUGUAUUGAAAGUGGUUCAGUUAGAGGAGCUGAUUCAUGUCAGACACUCUGUGUUUGUAAUUGGUAAUGCUGGAACCGGGAAGAGCAAGAUAUUACGGUCACUCAACAGAACGUACCAGAACAUGAAGAAGAAGCCAUUAUGGCAGGACCUCAACCCAAAGGCUGUCACAAAUGAUGAAUUGUUUGGCUACAUAAACCCAGCGACCAGAGAAUGGAAGGACGGUCUGUUCUCAUGCAUUAUGAGAGACCUCGCUAAUAUAUCAAACGAGAGUCCCAAGUGGAUUGUACUGGAUGGAGACAUUGAUCCAAUGUGGAUUGAAUCACUCAACACUGUCAUGGAUGAUAAUAAAGUGUUAACACUGGCCAGUAAUGAGAGGGUCCCCCUCACUCCUUCAAUGAGGCUA